AUGCAUAUAUCACUGUGGAAACCCAUCAUAUCUCAUUGUGCUUCUCUAAUUUCCGACAAAAAGAGCAGAAGGAAGUAUGGGUCUGAUCACACCGAUGAAGAAAUUAAACGAAACCCAUCUGUUCUUCGGAAAUUGCAGGAGAAUAAGCUUCGAGAAGCACUUGAACAAGCUUCUGAAGAUGGGUGUCUUGUUAAAUCCCAAAAUAUGGAUUUUUCCGAGCCAAUCGAUAAAGAAGAAAAGGGUUUGGGAAGAUCGAGAUCACUCGCUAGGCUACAAGCUCAAAAGGAAUUUCUCAAAGCAACUUCGUUAGCUGCAGAUAGAACAUUUGAAGACGAAGAUUCAAUUCCUGAAUUCGAUGAAGCUUUCUCAAAGUUCCUGACAAUGUACCCGAAGUACAAAUCAUCUGAGAAAAUCGAUCAAUUGAGGGUAAACGAGUACUCACAUUUGACAGAUACAAUCUCAAAGGUAUGUCUCGAUUACUGCGGAUUUGGGUUGUUUUCGUUUCUUCAAACUGUUAACUACUGGGAAUCUUCCACAAUCACUCUAUCUGAAAUCACUGCACAUUUGAGCAAUUAUGCUCUAUACGGUGGUGGAGAAAAAGGAACUGUCGAAUACGAUAUAAAAACCAGAAUCAUGGAUUAUUUAAACAUCCCAGAGAACGAAUAUGGCCUUGUGUUCACAGUUAGCAGAGGUUCAGCUUUCAAACUUCUAGCGGAAUCAUACCCAUUUCACACCAACAAAAAGCUUCUAACAAUGUUCGAUCAUGAAAGCCAAUCUGUAAAUUGGAUGGCUCAAAGCGCGAAAGAAAAAGGUGCAAAGGUUCAUAGCGCAUGGUUCAAAUGGCCGACAUUGAAGCCAUGUUCAACCCAUCUCCGAAAACAAAUCGUCAACAAAAAAAGAAGGAAGAAAGAUUCAUCCACUGGUCUCUUCGUUUUUCCUGUUCAAUCUCGAGUCACCGGAGCUAAAUACUCGUAUCAAUGGAUGGCGUUAGCUCAACAAAACAACUGGCAUGUUUUACUUGACGCUGGUGCUUUGGGUCCGAAAGAUAUGGAUUCUCUAGGGUUAUCACUAUUUCGACCCGAUUUCAUCAUCACUUCUUUUUACAGAGUUUUCGGGUACGACCCGACUGGAUUCGGGUGUCUUCUCAUCAAGAAAUCAGUCAUCGGAAGUCUUCAAAAUCCGGCAGGACACGCCGGAUCUGGGAUAGUCAAGAUCAGUCCGGUGUUUCCUUUAUAUUUGAGCGACUCCAUUGACAUAACUCCAGGGUUAUCUGGUCUCAUCGGAGAAGAUGAAGUCGCCGGAAAAAGCGAAUGCGUACCUGAAACUCACGCCGGAGCUCUCCUACCUGCUUUUUCCGGCGCGUACACUCCUUCUCAGGUAAGAGACGUAUUCGAAACCGAAAUGGAUCUGGAUCACGAUCAUGAUCAUGAACAUGGUAAUAGCCCUAUUUUCGAAAGCUUUUCUGUUGGUGAAGUUAUGAAAAGCCCUAUUUUUAGUGAAGAUGAAUCAUCUGAAAAUUCGAUGUGGAUUGAUUUGGGCCAAAGCCCAUUGGGCUCACAAUCCGAAAUCAUCAACUCCCCUUUACCUCCUCCUGUUCUAUCAUUCGAUGCAGCAGUUCAUAACGUGAAAAAACCCGACAAUUUUCAAGAAAAAAUUCACGAAAAUGGAAGAAAACCCGAUUGUGGGGAGAUUCAAGAAGAAACCGAAACAAAAAAACCGAAAGAAAACGCAAUGAUAACAAGAGAAACAGAAAACGAAUUCAGAUUAUUAGGAAGAUUCGAAACGAGUAAAAGGGUAUCCUUUGGAUUCGAAAACACCAACAAUGAAUUAAGUAAAGAUUUCGAAGAAUAUUUUGAAGAUCAAGAAUCAGAAAGAAGGGAACCCGAAAUAAGUUGUAGGCAUCUUGAUCAUGUAAACAUGUCGGGUUUAAACAAGACGACUUUUAGGCUUCGGUUUUUGGUGAAUUGGCUUGUGACAUCUUUACUUCAAUUGAGAUUGAGAUUGAGAUUAUCAUCAAAUGGGGAAAAGGAAAAAGGUAAAGGUGAUUGUGUUCCACUUGUUCAUAUUUACGGUCCUAAAAUUAAGUAUGAAAGAGGUGGAUCAGUGGCAUUUAAUGUUAGGGACAGAAAUGGAGGAUUAAUUAGUCCAGAAAUUGUUCAAAAGUUAGCGGAAUCAAAUGGGAUUUCUCUUGGGAUUGGGAUUCUUUGUCAUGCGAGGGUUAUACAAAACAAUAAACACAAUCUUGCAAUUGAUACGAGUGUUUGUAAGCCGAUGAAUGAUGGUGGUGGUGGUGGUGGUGGUAAUGGCGGUAGUGGUGGUGGUGGGUUUGUUAGGGCGGAGGUGGUGACUGCUUCACUUGGGUUUUUGACGAAUUUUGAAGAUGUGUAUAAAUUGUGGGUGUUUGUGGCAAAGUUUCUUGAUCCAUGUUUUGUUGGAGAAUAUGAAGGUGGAGGAAAGGAAAUUGGGUGA